UUGGCUUCCUUUUCAUUAAUUAUAUAUACAUUGCGCUACUGUCCUUCAGAUUGCUCAAAAAAACACGGGGAAACAUGUAACUGGAUACCAUGUGGCUAUUUUUGUGGGGCAAACCAAAUGUGUAAGCAAAAAUAUAGAACAACCCAACAAUUCUAGUUGGGAAGUGCGCUUGGAUUUUGUAUGUUGCCUUAAAGCAUCAAAAAUGGUAUUCGUCCUGCACUGUGACGACAACUAUGCAAAACCUACUGGUCAGCUACCAAUUGAUGCCUUUGCACAAGCAUGGGUACUUGCUGGGGAUAUCUCGGAAAAGUGUCCUAUAGACAGAAGGCUCGAACUAGUGGAUGAGAAUGAGAAGCCAUUGAAUGCAUCAAUCCACCUGAGGCUGCAGUUUUCUAAAGCUAAAAAAUGGCUAGGGCUUCCCACCAGAUGCUUUCCACAGAGAAUUGGAUGUGAGGUAACUCUUUUCCAAGAUGCUCAUACCCGGGAUGAAUUUGUCCAGAGAAAAGCCGAUGCCGGACUUGGGAAAUACGAGUCCCACGGAUGCUGGGAGGAUAUGUUUGAUAAAAUCAAUGGAGCAAAACACUUCAUAUACAUUACAGCCUGGUCUCUUGACACUAAGAUAACCCUCAUAAGGGAUCCAAGGAUGAAUCCUGGAAGUGUCCAAACACUUGGUGAGCUGCUCAAGAAAAAAGAGAAAGAUGGUGUAAGAGUUGUACUACUUCUUUGGAACGAUGUAACAGCUGUUCGGUUAUUUAAAAAUGAAGGACUCAUGGGUACUUGUGACAAAGAAACGGAACGGUAUUUCAAAGGCACUGGUGUGGAGUGUGUUCUACGUACUCAUGAGAAAUGGAUGUGUUCUCAUCACGAGAAAGUGGUGAUUGUGGACGCUCCAUUGACCAAUAAUGCGAAGAGAAGAUUAGUGAGUUUUAUCGGGGGUUUAGAUCUCUGCAAAGGAAGAUUCGACACUCCAUCACAUCCACUUUUUAGCAGUUUGGGCCCGGACGGUGAGCACAGCAGGGAUUUUCAUCAACCCAACUUUGAAGGUACUGCAAUCACAAAAGGAGGCCCUAGAGAACCGUGGCAUGACGCGCACUGUCGCCUUGAAGGGCCUGUUGCAUGGGAUGUUUAUAAAAACUUUGUGGAGAGCAUCAGGAAGGAAGGUAAAGAGGACAUACUUGUUCCAGAUAAACAGGUUGAAGAUGUCAUGGGUGACCGUGGCAUUGUGGAGAGCUGCAAGAAGGAAGGAAAAGAGGGCAUACUUGUUCCACAGAAACAGGUUAAAGAUGUCAUAAGUGACCAACAAAUAAUUGAGCCUAAUCAUGAGACGUGGAAUGCUCAGUUGUUUAGAGAAGCUGCUGAAACAAAAAAAGGUUUUCGAGGGAAGAAUAAGAAGACAGAUCGGAGCAUUCACGAUGCGUAUAUAUAUGCUAUUAGAGCUGCCGAGCGCUUCAUCUAUAUUGAGAACCAGUAUUUUAUAGGAAAUAGUUCUGAAAAAAAUGAUGCUUCACAUCAAAUUGCAACGGAGCUUACACUUAAAAUUGUUAGUAAGAUUAAAGCCAAGGAAAGGUUCGCUGUGUAUGUUGUCAUUCCCAUGUGGCCUGAGGGUAUCCCAGAAUGUUCCUUUGUUCGGAAAAUGUUAGAUUUGCAGAAAGGAACAAUAGAAAAGAUGUACAGGGACAUUAAUCAAGCAAUCAAGGAAGCGGGAAUUGAUGAAGAACCUCAAAAUUAUUUGGCAUUCUUCUGCCUUGGAAAUCGAGAGGUGAAGAAGCAAGGAGAGUAUGAACCUCCAGACAAGCCAUCCAAAGGUUCCAGUUACCAGAAAGCCCAAGAGGCCAGGCGCUUCAUGAUUUAUGUACAUUCUAAGCUAAUGAUAGUUGAUGAUGAAUACAUAAUCAUUGGAUCGGCCAACAUCAACCAGAGAUCCAUGGAUGGUGGUAGAGACACUGAGAUUGGCAUGGGAGCUUACCAACCCUACUAUUUGGCUAGCGGGCCAAACGGUGCAACGGGCCAGGUGCAUGAUUUCCGCAGGUCCUUGUGGUUGGAGCAUCUUGGCAAACAUGAAAACACCUUCCUCAACCCUGAGAGUAAAGCAUGUAUUGAGAAGGUGAACCAGUUUGCUGAGGAGAAUUGGAAAUCAUAUUCCGAUAUAUCUAGCGUUGACCUUCAUGGCCACCUUCUUCGCUAUCCUUAUCACAUUUCUGACGAUGGAACCAUCACAGAGCUUCCUGGAUUUGAGUUCUUUCCGGACACUAAUGCUGAGAUUCUAGGAAAGGAUGACAUAUACACGAGGCUUCCAUUUAUUCGGGAUCUUCUUCUAGGUUGAGGUAUUCCUUCGUUGCUUUAUUUAUGGUGGCAUCCUGAUACAUUUUGAUUUCUUUUUGCUUCAGACUAAUACUUGUCUUUAAUUUAGUUGCAUGUUGAGAGUUAACUAUCUCAUGACAUUUGAUGUUUUCGGGAGGUUCUUUGAACUUCACAUGCACCUACCACCGGGUAUCUUUUCUUAAUAAUCUAAGCUUUCUUUUGUGUGUUUCGUUUAGGAUCGGCAAAUUUGAAUUCAAUUAAGGAAAAGUAUAGGUAAACAA